AAACGCUGGGAGAGAGGACGGCGUUAAGUGCACCUCGGAUGCAAAGCGGGAGCACUUGACCACGGAACUCAGGACUGAAAUGUCGCGGGUGAGGGAAAAAGAGAGCUCCAAAGAAAAAGAAAGAUCAUGCGGCCAGGCCACGGUGAUUAAGGAUAAUAGAAAGAACAGCUUGGACGACAAUGUGUUUUAUGAAAGGGGAGGGAGAGUGAGCCAGCUGCUCACUAAAUUUGGGGAGCUCCGUAAGCCUCCAUCCAGAUCGAAAAGCUCCGAUAAUUUCCUUAGGCCCGGGAGGAGGAAAAAUUCAAGGGAAAAUGAUGACGGGGGGUCAUCCGAUGGGAGAAACGUGCCGCUCAAAGGUGUGCCAAAACGCUCAUUCAGCUUCUCUGAUAGGGUCGUCUGUCCGAAGGAAAAUGGCUUGGACCCAGAUGGGUACUUUGAAAGGAAACCACGUGAGAGGAUAUAUUCAGACAGGAGCGGGGCAGGAUUAGGGAAGGAAAUACCAGCAAAGUGCAAAAUGGGCUGUGUGCGACUCUUCGACAAAGACAAGUUUGGAAAUCUUAAGGAUGGGCAAUUUAGAAACAAAGAUCAGACUGAUGCAAUACAGAAAAGAAAUGAGACUGGGAUGGGAUUCCAAAACAGAACCGAAGUCAAGAAUUUAGACCCCGUUGAAAGGAGGGCCACGGGCAUGGCAAGUGAGGAAGAUCGAGAAGGUUUUGCAAUGGCAUCUUUAAAAAGCGCAGAGGGGAUUUCGUUUGCUAGAAGGAUACCAAUAAGGCAAGAUGGCAAGGCGCGGAUGGCCGAAAAAGAGUCGCGGAGACUCCCGGAGAAAGCUUUUAAAUGGGAUAUCACUUCAGAGAAAGAUUCUGACCCGGGAGGAUAUUCCGAAGGACAACUUUGUGGCAAAACGGAUGCAUUCGAGAAAACGGAGGCUUUUACAGGCCCAUGCGCUGCACAGAGUUGCUGUCGGCUGGAAUCAGACCAGGCAGAGGGCUCCGGUCUGCUCAGUACUGUUGCAGACAGAGGGGCGGACUGGGACGUUUUGUCCCAUCACACGGAAGAACUUAUCAGUAAAAUAGAAAAAAUUGUGGACGCAACCGAUUACAACAACGAGAAAGGGGAUCCUGUAGGAUCCUAUAGGAUCGAGUGCAAGCAAGGGGCACGUCAUGAGAUGGCUGCUUAUGAUGAAACCCCCAGAUCUCCAAAAGGCAUCCCUCCUUUGGGGAACCCUCCAGGGCCCCUGGAGAUCCAGAUCCCUAGGACCGUGUUUUAUGUUGCGGAGGAGAUGGCGAGAAAGAAGACCACGGGUCGAAGCAAGGAAGGUAAAGACUCCGGAGACGGGCAAGGAGUUGAGAGGAGAGAUAGUUGGAGGAUUGGCAAGCCCUUGAGCCGCAUUGAAUCCCUUCGAGAGAAAAUUAGACAAAAAGAGCAGGAGAGAUUAAGUCAGAAGAAGGCGCAGGGCGUGAACGGGGAUGAAAAUAAAUGCAUUUCUGGUGCACGGACAGAAGGGGACACCUGUGAGGAGAGGGGGACUGAAAAGGAGAAAGGAUGGGAAUCCGUACCUCCUUUGCAGAAGAGGACGACUGCAACACAGAGUAGUGAAGCAGACACGGCGGUGCAGACAUCCGGGCCUGUGUUUGACAUCACGCAGGAAGUCGAUGUGUUGAAAAACUGCCCUCCGCUUCCUGUUUCUGUCCUCGACUCACCCACUGUUGGUGAAGAGGAAGUAGGUAGCGCCUUCGCCAAUGCUCCCUCGGAAAACUGCGGCAAAUUAUUCCUUCAAGCAACUGACGAUGAGCGUGACACUUUGAAACAUGCGGAAGAGCAAGUGACACAACACGGGACCCAACACCAUCGUGGGGAAAGAGAACGAGAGCGAAGCGACACGGAGGACCCCGAGAAGGAAGUCGAGGGUUACACACCAUCCAUUGAUCCAGCGCAAGCUCCCUCACCCUCGCCGCCGCAUCCCAACUCCCUCGCAGCGAUGAGCCGGAUCUACAAUUUGGAGACGGUGGGCUCGAGGUCGGGCUUGUGUUUGAGAGAGAGGAAUGUGGACGUUUCAUCGGUACAUCUUAUUAAGGUGAAGCCCCUCCUCACGUCAGAUGCACAAAAGGGGGAUGGUAAAGUGUUCUCGGGAGAAGAUGCCGGUGGGCUGAAGACCAUGCCACUUCCAAUUGAGCAGUUUCGUCUCAAAGAGCAGGAAGUGCUGCAGUCCCAACAUGUUGCCUCAACAUCAAACACUUUUUUCAAAGAAGCAAAAGGACCCCAAAGCAAAGGAUUCAGAAAGCAUCAAGCUGAGGAGAUGGUCAAAGAAACACCAGAAAUUAACCCCAAAGUGUGUCCCCGACGGAUUUUUUCGCCAACAUCUCUUCUUAAACAACCAAACCCAAUUAAUACCUCGCAACUCAGGAGCCAAUCGCCGGACAAAUCGCUGAAGCCCUCUGACUGCGCACCGACUCCAGCCUCCUCGCCGUGUCCUCCAUCUCCUGCUGCCUCUCCAUCGCCGUCGCCGACAUUCUUCUCCAUUCGCAGUGCCUCGGGGGGUCACGUGAAGAGAGGGGCCACCAUUACAAUCACCCCCAAAAAGCCCACCGCAACGGGAAGAACAACCGGAUCUAUAACGCCGUCCAACCCAGCUGCAUGCGCCAAUACAAAAAUACCCCAGCUGACCCAACAAAACCAGACAACCUCGGCUGCGGCCGAGCCCGCGAAGAAGAAAUAUCCGUCAGUGGAAGAAAUUGAAGUGAUUGGCGGAUAUCAGAACCUGGAGAAGUCAUGUCUCGUUAGAAGCAAAGGGACUCCGAAAAGGGGGAAGGUGUGUUUCAAUGAGGACCGACUCGAGCAAGUGUGCGAGUAUCCUUCCGAGACCUCCAUGUUUGUUUCCACCCCCUACCCCCAUGAAACUGGGAGGACCGAGACACCGCAGGGAGAAGAGUCACAGGAUGAAGAAGGGGAAGCGGAUGGAGAGGUCGUGUCCAAAUGCUCAAGAAAUUUGGGGACUGCAUUGGGACGGGGUCUAAGAGUGGGUCAGUGUCACCCCCUUCUCAAAAAACAUAAGAUGAGUCGUGCCCUUGGUAGACGCCACUCACCUCGCCAAAAUGCCCGUGCGAAGCAAUCAGGCUUUCGGAGGUUAUUGAAUGUUCCAUUCGAUCAUUUGAAAUGAGUCAUCUCAGUCUGUGUAGUGAUGAUGUACAGUUUGUUUCCUGCUGUGGAUAGCAGCGGUUUAUAUUUAGCUUUAUUUUUCAGGGGACAAAUGUGAAUGUAUGGCACAUAAUGUCAAGGUCUUAGUUCACCAGCUGCUUUUGGUGCUCUGUGGCAAAAGAUCACUUGUCUAUGCAAAAAAUGAAAAUGGUUUUAUUCUGUAGUUAAUAUAUUUGAUAGGAUUUCAAUUUCUGAUAUGAAGUCAGUCAAUCAGUGAUGUUUAUCUCAUCUGAGUGCCUUGUGCCUGCUUGAUAUAGUGAACCCGCACACAUGGUAUGAAGAUCAGUUGACAUGUUUUUAUUUGUGGCUAUUCUUUAAAUGAAAAGAAGUGAGGGAGUGUUAUUUUAAUAUUUUGUCACAGGGAAGUGGCAAAAACUAAGAAAGAAGGCAACAGCAGAUUUGCGUGGCUGUGUAUUAUUUACACCUACAGUAUUUAGUACUUUUUGUUUGUAAAUGAACAUGUUUGACGGGAGUAACAUGCAUAAAGUCUGGACAGAAACUGCACAAAUGAGUUUUUAUUUUUUGAAACGGCUUGCUUGAAAAAAAUUGAAUAAAUAUUUAAAACCUUU